UUAUACGCACGAUGAUGAUAUAUACUUGUGUUAAUUUAAGAAUCGGUAUUGAAAUUUGAAAAAUCGUUAAAAUUAAAUAAGAAAUUUAGAGAAAGUUUAGUAUUGCCAGGAAUACAAAUUUUAUUAACUAAGAUAAAUUGCGCAUUGCGCAUGAGACAUGUACGCGUGCAGAACUAUCGGCUUAAGGUAAUUUUAAUUAAAAUAUCGAGGCCACUUAUAUUUGCAGAAAUUUAAUUAUAAAUAAAAAUAUGAAUAUAGUAAAUCACGAUGAAAGUAUAGCACGAUCGAUUCAAGAUCAGAUAAACUGCAUUGGCAUUACGGAGAAUGCUAUUUUCCCAGUGCAGAAAGAAAAGGAGAAUUAUCGCCCCAGGACAUUGAUCGAUGAAUCACUGGAAUACAUAGAUCCAACGCCAAAUAUUUAUACACUCUUUGUUCAAUUUAAUAAAAGAUUUUUUUGGAAUGCUUUACUUCCUGUACAAGUGAAAUGGAGUCCAAGAAUGACUUCCUGCGCGGGCAUAUGUACAUUCCAUCCAAGAAAUAAGGAAUGUAUCAUUUCACUAAGUAGUCCGUUACUUAAAUUAAGACCAAGAAAAGAUCUAAUUGAAACCUUACUGCAUGAAAUGAUACAUGCUUAUUUAUUUCUUACUAAUAAUAACAGAGAUAGAGAUGGUCAUGGUCCAGUAUUUAAAAGUCAUAUGAACAGAAUUAAUGUAGAAGCAGGAACCAAUAUAACCAUUUAUCACACUUUUCACGAAGAAGUUAGAUUAUACCAGCAACAUUGGUGGAGAUGUAACGGUCCAUGUCAUAAUAGAGCACCAUUUUUUGGCACCGUUAGAAGGGCCAUGAACCGUGUUCCUGGUCCAAAUGAUUUUUGGUGGAGCGACCAUCAAAGAACAUGCGGCGGCCAAUUCAUUAAAAUAAAAGAACCAAAAAAAACUGAAGGACAAAAGAAAAAUAAAAGAGCCGCACAGACAACCGUGAAAAACAAUAUAUUCAAUUGGGUAAAAAAGAUUGAUAAAAAUGAAGAUAAGCCAAGUGAACGAACUAUAUCUAAAGUAUAUAAUACACCAAAAAUAACAGAUUUAAAGAAUGUUAAUAACAAUUUGGGUUCAAAUAUUCAAACGGAUAUUAAAAAACUUGGUAAUAAUACUAAUAAUGUACAUGGAUGGGGAACAGGAGGCCCUUGUAGUACCGAUGAUAAUUAUAGUAAUUCUAUUAUUAGUAAUAAAAUUAACUCUGGUAAUUUGUUGAAAAAUACUAAUUCAAGAAUUUCAUUCUCUGGUGUUUUGGGAGGCAACGGUAGCGGGAAGAGUAUUCUACUUGAUAAAUUUUCCAAUACAUCAGCAACUAAAACUUUAUUAAAAAAUACUAAUGUUCAGUCAAACUUAAAUGAAAUUAGUUUGUUUAAAAACUGUGAAAAAAAUUCGAACAUUCAAAAGCAAUAUGCAGAGAAAGGCGAGGACGCUGUAGUGACAUGUCCAAAUUGUAAUAAAUCGGUUAAUGAAUCAAAAAUUAAUCACCACUUAGAUAAUUGUCUUGAGAAUUCAAAAAGUUUACAAAUUAUACAAAAUAGCACGAACAAAGAAAAAAUGCACAAAAAUGAUUUUACAUCUAAUAAGAUAUUUAAAAACGAGAAUAAAUCAAAUUCAGUAAAAAUACAGUGUCCUUUAUGUCCAAUGAAGGUGGAAUCAAAUAAUUUUAAUGAACAUUUAAGUAAUUGCUUUCGUACCGAUACAGAUGAUACAAUUUCUGAUGAAUCGAUUCAUAAUUCCAGCUACAGUUCCAUUACUAGUAAUAAAAACACUUCCAAUAAUUUAUUAAACAAUAAUAAAGCAGCACCAUCUUCCACCGAUACUUUGCAACAUAUUGAUUCAGGAAAAAGUAUUGCCUUGAAUAAACGUUGCGAUACAUUUACAGCUGGUGCUUCAUCAAAAAAUAGUUCUCUUACUCGAUCAACGAUUAAUAAUAAUCAUGAUAAAUCAGCAAAAGAUUCAAUGUCAAAUCAAGAUUUAUUUGAUUUUAUAAUAAGGGUGACAUGUCCAAAUUGUAAUAAGUCUGUAGACGAGCCCAAAAUUAAUCAUCAUUUAGAUAUUUGUCUCGCGACAUCAGAAAAUCAAGAAAUGUCUGGCGGUAGCUGCAAUAAAAAGAGAAAAAACGAAGAUAAUUAUACGUCCAAGAAAAUGUUUAAGAACAAAACUAAAUCAACUUUAAGGGAAAAUGUGGAGAAGCCGACGCAUAAUAAAUCAAUUGAUGAGGCUAAUUCUACUUUAAAUACUUCAAACAAUUCUCAUAUUUGCAUAGUUUGUGAUAAAUUAUUAGAGCCUACUAAGAGUUUAAGCGAUCACUUAGAAGAAUGUGUUGCGUCGAUAUUUAAUGAUUUCGGUAAUGAUGAUACGAUUGCAUCUACGAAUGAUGAAAACCAAGUUUUAGAGCAUUUUCCUUGUCCAGUGUGUAUGGCGCUAAUCGAAGCGACCCUAAUGAAUGAUCAUUUGGACGUUUGUCUUAAUAAAAUUGAAUAAUGUUAGACUAUCUUUAAGUUUCUGUUUUAAUAGAUUACAAUAGUUUUAUUUAACUAUUGAAUAUCUUUUUGUUCCUUGUACUUACUGUUUAGAACGACUUAUAUUAGUUUUUAUAUAA